AUGAGGCAGAGCAAUCAGUCCUCACUGGUUGACUUUCUUCUGGAAGGGCUCUUUGAUGACUCCCUCACCCACAUCUUCCUUUUUUCCUUGACUCUGGUGGUCUACCUUGUUGCAGUGAGUAGUAACUCCCUCACCAUUUUUCUCAUCUGUGCUGACUCCAGGCUCCACACUCCCAUGUACUUCAUGCUCAGCCAACUCUCCCUCAUGGAUCUGAUGCACGUUACUACGACCAUCCCCAAGAUGGCUACCAACUACCUCACAGGCAGGAAGUCCAUCUCCUUUGUUGGCUGUGCUACCCAGCAUUUCCUCUAUUUGUCAGUGGGAGGAGCUGAGUGUAUUCUCUUGACUCUCAUGUCUUAUGACCGUUAUGUUGCCAUCUGCUAUCCAUUGCAUUAUGCUGUUAUCAUGAACAAGAAGGUGGCACUAAUGAUGGCUGUCACGUCAUGGUUGGGAGCAUCGGUGAACUCCUUCAUUCACACUAUGAUCUUGAUGAACUUUUCUUUCUGUGGGUCUCGCAAAAUCCACCACUUCUACUGUGAGUUUCCAGCUAUUGUGAAAUUGAUAUGUGGAGAUAUAUCUGUUUAUGAGACCACAGUGUACAUAAGCAGUGUUCUAUUCAUCCUCCUUCCCAUUCUCCUGGUCUCUACUUCCUAUGCCUUCAUCCUCCACAGUAUCAUUCAGAUGCGUUCAGCGGGGAGCAAGAGAAAUGCCUUUGCCACUUGUAGCUCUCACCUCACGGUGGUUUCCCUCUGGUUUGGCACUGGCAUUUUCGCAUAUAUGAGACCCAGUUCCCAGCGUACUCCAUUGCAAGAAAAGGUUGGUUCAGUGUUCUAUAGCAUCAUUACUCCCACCCUAAAUCCUCUGAUUUAUACUCUUCGGAAUAAAGAUAUUGCUAAGGCACUGAGGAAAGUGUUGGGGAGGGAUGUGAUCAGACAAUGA